AUGCAUUAUAGGAAGCAAUUGAAGAUAUUGAUAGAUGACAUGUUACCAGAAUGGAGAGACAAGUUUUUAUCUUAUAAAGAUUUGAAGAAACAAUUAAGCAAGAUUUACCCUAAAGAAGAAGGGGGUAAUAGUAAAAAAAGGAUUAAAAUUGAUCCCGUGACGGUAGAAAAGGAAGUUGAUAAUUUUGUUAAAUUGUGUCAACAACAGAUUGACAAGUUUAAUGAUUUUUUUCUUGAGAAAGAAGAGUGGUAUAUUAUUAAAAUUGAGGUGCUAGAAGGUAACUUGGUUGCAGCCCAUAAUUCAAAUGAAGAAUUGAUGAAAGAGCUAGCAGAUUUACACGGGGAGAUAGUUUUAUUGUUAAAUUAUAGUGCCCUUAAUUACACAGGACUAGUAAAGAUACUAAAGAAGCAUGACAAAUUCAGUGGUGCUCUCAUCCGCUUGCCUUUUAUCCAAAAGGUUGUAAAUGAGCCAUUUUACAAAACCGAUGUACUUAACAGUCUCGUGAAAAAAUGUUUGAUGAUGCUCGACCAACUUUUCUCCACGAAUGAACAAGGAUCAUCUCCACCUACAUCACCAAUCAGAGAAGAAGAACCUUCACUUACAGUUCCAACAGAACUCGUUGACAUCAAGAACAGGGAGAACACUUACAUGAAACAAACUCUUUCAGCUCUCACGGUGUUGAAGGGGAUUCGAAGCGGAAGCUCUACAGUAAACAUGUUUUCACUACCCCCGAUGCAAUAGAGGAAGGAGAUGGAU